GGACGACGAACGACGAUGACGAAGCAGCGGCGGGAGAACGGUCUCUAUAAAAGCCGCGCGUACCACGCCUGCGAGGUCAUACGUUGCAGUCAAAACCUUGUGAAACAGUCGCAGCUCUUCUACGAGAACGUUACGCGAGUGUUGCACGAGUUUGCGUCACCAAUUGCGAGAAAGCGGAAGGAAAGAGACCGGCGAGAAGUGAUUCGAGUGACCGGCGAGAGUUCAGCUGCGUGGUCGAUAACAGCGCUGAAAAUUCGUCCAACGGACGUUACCGAGCCCAUUAAAAUUCCCACGUUCAGUGAGGUGUGCAAGGGAGGCGCAUUGAGGAUUAAAUCGCCAAACGAGGAGGCAGAGAUACUGACCGAUAUGACUCGUUGCCAGGAACCACAGUCCUAUCACGCACAGACCACGAUGAACGACAGUGGGAAAUCAUCGUGGGGCAAGGAGUCUCGCUACUACGGGAGCACCGUCACCUGCGGCAUGCUGCCGACUCUACGAGAGCUCGCCUCCAGAGGAUGCAAUAGCCGGGGUAGCGUUUGCCUGGUGCCCGUCGACGUCGAGAUGGACGCGGCCAGUCACCUUCAGAUGACACUGCUCGAGGCUUAUUGCCGGGAGAUCGGAAUCGAGGUGCUGAGCGUGUCCAAGGAGACGAUACGACUCCACCUGUGUCCAGGAAGCACAGACCUGUCGUGCGUCCUGAUAAGCAGCGAUAAUUCAUAUUUUCCAAAGCCAAAGUGAGACUCGGAGACUCGUCCUUAAAAGCUGAAACUAAAGGACCGAAUUACACAUUGCGGUCUUUCAUGACCUAAAGCGUUUUGCUGUGGAUCCUGCGCCGGAGAGAGUCUUCACGCAAUGGAUGAGGGGAGGGCGGGGGAGUUUUGUCUCUGCAAGCAACGUGUCCUGUGUGUCUCACCAGCGAGGCGGCUGAUAAUGGACAUUUGUAUUGAAAUAUAUACAUAUAAGCGAGAUAUAGUCAGUCGAUCUCGCUAAGAGCUAAGCUCUAUCGAUCUAUCUGUUAAAUUUUAGCUGUUUGAAAAGCACUUUCUUUCCUUUAAUAUUUUCUCGUUCUCUAUUUUUCUUUGACAUAAGAGUACUUAUGUCGAAGGAAAAGGAGAACGGAAAAAAAAAUAAUUUUACUUGAAUGCCGAAAGUGUAAAACGAAGCAGCUGAGGAAAGCAGAUCUGUUAUUGUUAGAACAAGAA